ACCCUCCCUAAUCUCUCUCGCAUUCCAGGUUAAUCCAACUAACCCUGCCUUAAGUCCCUCUUCAGAAACCGGAUCCGUAACAGAGGAAUCGGGUCAAUAAUAGGCAAUAUGGGCGUGACGCCGAAAAUUGCAUCAUCAAUGCUUUCAUCCGAUUUCGCUAAUUUGGCAUCGGAGGCGGAACGCAUGCUUAAUUGCGGCGCUGAUUGGCUACACAUGGACAUCAUGGAUGGGCACUUUGUCCCAAAUCUAACCAUUGGUGCUCCAGUCAUUGAGAGUUUGAGAAAACACACAAAGGCAUAUUUGGAUUGCCACCUUAUGGUCACCAAUCCUCUUGAUUAUGUUGAGCCUUUGGGCAAAGCUGGUGCUUCUGGAUUUACAUUUCACGUUGAAGCAUCCAGAGAAAAUUGGAGAGAACUAAUCCAGAGAAUCAAGUCAAAAGGCAUGAGGCCUGGUGUAGCUUUAAAGCCUGGAACUCCUAUCGAAGAAGUUUAUCCUUUGGUUGAGUCUGAAAAUCCUGUGGAAAUGGUCCUUGUCUUGACCGUGGAACCUGGAUUUGGAGGACAAAAGUUCAUGCCAGAUAUGAUGGAUAAGGUAAAGACAUUGAGGAAGAAGUAUCCAUCCCUUGAUAUAGAGGUGGAUGGUGGUUUAGGGCCUUCAACAAUUGACAUGGCAGCUUCAGCUGGUGCAAACUGCAUUGUUGCAGGAAGUUCAGUGUUUGGUGCCCCUGAGCCAUCCCAUAUAAUAUCACUUAUGAGAAGGAGUGUUGAGGAAUGUCAGAAAAACAAUUGAUGUCCAUACAGCAAGAUACAUCAUGACCGGAAUUCAGCAAAAUAUGCCUAAAGACUACAUUUUCUUUUGUUGUUAGAAUUUAAAAUUGCUUUUACUUUGUUUUCACUCUUUUAUUACUCAUCUUCUCGCUCAGAAUUGUAUGCAACUUUUAGUGACAAUGAGACUCGCAUAAGACCUUCAUGAAGGUCUGAGUUAAAUUGAUACAUGUGCCCUGUGUAACUGUCUGAUCAAAUAUCCUCCAAUAAAAUCUAUCCUUUAUGCUCAA